AUGGAUGAUGAUUUUAAACCAUCAGUGGAGCAUCAAAGGCGGUUGAAUCUCGAUAUGAAAGAAGUGGUAAAAGCCGAGGUGGUAAAGUGGCUUGAUGCAGGCAUUAUUUACCCAAUUUCAGAUAAUGCUUGGGUGAGCCCCGUUCAAGUGGUACCAAAGAAAGAAAGUGUCAUGAUUGUGGAAAAUGAGGAUAAUGAACUUAUACGUACUAGACCCGUAACCAUUCGGAGGGUAUGCAUUGACUACUGCAAGCUUAACAAAGGUACAAGGAAUGAUCACUUUCUCUUUCCUUUCAUUGAUCAAAUGCUUGAGCGGUUAGCGAGGUAUUCUCAUUAUUGCUUUUUGGAUGGGUAUUUGGGCUAUAAUCAAAUUGCAAUAGCUCCGAAUGAUCAAGAGAAAACUAGUUUCACAUGUCCAUAUGCUAUAUUUGCAUAUAGAAUGAUGCCCUAG